AUAACACAUUAAAUUCCUUAGGGAAAGGAAACAUAAAGUAAUGGAGAUUGCUGCUUACUUCUUAGUCUUAUUUUUAUUAGCAAUUACUUUUGUAAUAUAUGCAUGGAGAUUGUUGGACUGGGCAUGGUUUAUGCCAAGGAAACUGGAGAAAUGCCUUAGACAACAAGGUCUUAAAGGGAACUCUUACAAAUUGAUUUUUGGAGACAUCAAAGAACUGUCGAAAAGCAUUGAAGAUGCUGAGUCCAAACCAUUGAAUGUCUCUGAUGAUGACUUAACGCCCAGAAUUCUCCCUUAUUUCGUUCAAACAAUCAAAAAAUACGGUAAAAACUGUUUCAUAUGGAUUAGGCCAAAGCCUUCGGUAAUUGUAGGGGACCCUGAGGUAAUAAGGGAUGUGUUUAACAAACAUGCUCUCUAUCAAAAGCCAAAAUCAACUCCCCUGACCAAGUUGCUGGCACAAGGAAUUGUAAGCUAUGAAGAGGAUAAAUGGGCAAAGCACAGGAAAAUUCUCAAUCCUGCUUUUCAUAUGGAGAAGAUAAAGGAUAUGCUUCAAGCAGUUCAUUUGAGCUGCAGUGAAAUGGUGAGCCAAUGGGAGGAGGUUGUCUCAAUGAAAGAAUCGUCCACCGAACUCGAUAUAUGGCCUUACCUUCAAAGAUUGACUAGUGAUGUAAUUUCUCGCACAGCCUUUGGCAGCAACUAUGAAGAAGGUCGAAAGAUAUUUGAGCUUCAAAAAGAACAAGCUGAGCAUGUCAUUGAAGUUUCUCGCACCUUAUAUAUUCCGGGAUGGAGGUUCUUGCCAACUAAGAGAAACAGAAGGAUGAAGGAGAUUGAGAGAGAAGUUCAAGCAACAAUUAGGGGAAUUAUUGAUAAAAGAGUGAAGGUGAUGAAAGCAGGGGAGGCCAAUACUGAUGACUUAUUAGGCAUAUUGUUGGAAUCCAACUUUAAAGAAAUCGGGCAACACAGUAAUAAGGAUUUUGGUAUGACUAUAAAAGAGGUUAUUGAGGAGUGUAAGUUGUUCUAUUUUGCUGGACAAGAGACAACCUCUGUAUGGCUUGUAUGGACUAUGAUUUUGUUAAGCAGGCAUCCAGAUUGGCAAGUUCGCGCAAGAGAAGAGGUUUUGCAAGUCUUUGGAGAUGGUAUGCCAGGAUUUGAUGGAUUAAAUCGCUUGAAAGUUGUGACAAUGAUUUUGCACGAGUCGUUACGGCUAUAUCCACCAGUUGGUGCACUUGGUCGAAGGAUUACAACUAAAACGAAGCUAGGGGAACUAAAUUUACCAGCAGGAGUGAUGCUGUCUUUACCAACAAUUUUAGUGCAUCAUGACAAGGAAAUAUGGGGCGAAGAUGCAACAGAGUUCAAGCCAGAGAGAUUCAGUGAAGGCAUUUCAAAGGCAACAAAGGGCCAAAUGACGUUUUUCCCAUUUGGCGCGGGACCUAGGAUAUGUAUUGGACUGAACUUUGCAAUGAUAGAAGCGAAGAUGAUUAUUGCUAUGAUUCUGCAACGCUUUGCGUUUGAACUAUCUCCUUCGUACACUCAUGCUCCACAGUCUGUAAUAACUAUGCAACCCAAAUAUGGUGCUCCUCUAGUGUUGCAUAGAUUGUAAGUUGAGACUUACAUGAAUUGUCUUACAUUGAAUUAAUAACUAUGUCAAACAAGCAUAAUUAAGUUGA